AGUAGAGAUCCCGUCCGACCUUCGCUUCACCGCGCCUGCACUCUCCAACUCUCGGUUGGAUCUGCAGGCAGUAGGUCGGUCGCGGUAGUGAGUGCAGCGCAAUCAACGCGCGCGCGCGCACACGAAGACGAACCAAGCCGCCUCCCGCCAUCGCCGCCGCCGCCGCCGCCUUUGUCUUCUCGUCCCGUCCCCGCCACUGCAUCCGUUGCAUCCACAACUAACACUACUGACCCCUCCAAACAACCACCACUUUCUCCUGCUCCUCCAAACCACCUCCUCUGAACCACAACCACCACCGCGCCCGCCCACGAGCUACCUCCAAACUCCCUCGAUGAACCCUGUGUCCGCAUCGAUCCACCCUCCUUCCUCGGUCAUGCUGCCUCCAGCACCAUCUUCCUGAUCUCUGGUCCUCUGCACGUCACCGCCAGCUCUCGGCCCUCCGGGAAUUGCCGGCACGAUGGCUUCAAACGGUACCUUCCCUCCUCUUUGUCUGCUCCCUCCCUCUCCCCCUCCCUCGCUCCGCAAGCGCUCCCGGUCAGAGGGCGAACUCCAAGACCUCGUCUGUGCCGCGCCCGUCUCGAGUCCCGAGAACGCCGACCUUGGCAGCCAAGCUCACACGUUUGCCUCUCCGCAACAAGGCCGACCGACCGCCAGCCAUGUGCAGCCUCACCUCGCCCAACCCGCAUGGGACCCUAGGCUCCUGCUCAACCCCAGGGCUGCCUCGCUGCCUAUCAAUCCCGCCGCCCACCGACAUGUCGCUGCCUUCUCGAGAAGGGCUGCUGCCCCCGCCGACCCUGCAGCCAACCAGGUCUUCCAAUUCUCCAGUCCCAGUCCUGCUGUGCACCUGGCCGAAGCCGAGGAGCAGCCCGCUAUCUCCCCACACAGCCUCGAGCAGCCCCUGCACCCCACCAAUGGCGUCGGUGCCAUGAUCGAGCGCAUCAACAACGUGGAGAGCCGCGCUUUCGUUCCUGAGCCAAAGCGGCGCAAACUCGAACCAAGCCCCCAGCCGAUGGCCUCCUCCAGCCGUGGCAGCAGCGGGAUGUUGGGUGGAUAUAUCAAGGAACAAAAGACUGGAGAGGUCAGCGGUGGUGGUCUUGUAAAGGCACCCCAGACUGUUGACCUGACCGAAAAUGCCGACGGCGAAGUUGUCGUGCUCAAGCCUGGACUCCAAGAGGUCUGCUAUGGAACGUUGGAAACAGCCUCUGUCAACUGCCACAGCGUUCCUGCCCCUCGGCCUGGAGGUCUUAAUCUCGCUUCUGCCGGGUACUGGCCGCCCAUCAAGGCGAUCCUCAGACGCAAGGUUAAUGAUCCCACAACCACCGUCCAGGUCUACGACCAUACGCGAGAGGUUUUUGGGACUGUCGACCACAGGAUCUCGGCAGCGCUUGCCAGGUUGUUGGAUGCCCCAACCGUCCAACUUCGGACCGAGUCCCGCAUCCCGUCGCGCAAGAGACAGCCGGAUGAGGUUAUCGGCCAACCCAUCUCGCGUGCCUAUAGAUUGGAGAUCACUCUCUUUGGCCGACGCGCACUCGCAGAUGGAGUGGGCAAGGUCCUCAAGGAGAACAGGCUGCGGCUUAUCAAUCCAACCAUUGUUCCUCGCGGCAUCCCUGUCGUCAACCCCCAUGCCAACGACCCCCCUCCGACGACUGUACCCAAGCCCGUCGCCUCCCAGGCCACGUACACGACGCCCGUGUCCAUGCAGAAAACUUUGGAUGAAAUCCGGCACGACGCCAUGAGUGUGUUCGACACGCUGUCCCAAUCUGAGGAGCUGCCCGAAAUGGAGCCCGGACCGCUCAUCAUGACGGAGUUGUUGCCCCAUCAGAAACAGGGUCUCUUCUUCAUGACCGCCCGGGAGAAUCCGGAUGGGAGCGCAGCGCAGCGUGCGCAUAUUCGUACUCUAUGGCAGAAGAGGCAAGUCCACGGAGGCCAUGUUGAGUAUCUCAACCUCGUCACGCAGCACACGGAGCCCUCUCGCCCCAAGGAGACCCUCGGCGGGAUUCUUGCAGAUAUGAUGGGCCUCGGCAAGACGCUCUCUAUCCUGUCGCUGGUAGCGUCGUCGUUGGAUAAGGCGGAGGAAUGGGCCGACAAGGAGCCAGAGCAGCCUCUAGCCCACAAGAACAAGAAAUCCUCCUCCAGCAAGUUCAGCGCUCCUUUGCCGGAACCUCUGGGGCUGACUCGGUUGUCGAUAAACGCCAAGACGACGUUGCUGGUGUGCCCGCUCAGCACCAUCACGAACUGGGAAGAGCAGUUAAAGCAGCACAUCAAGCCGAAGGGCCUCAGCUACUACAUCUAUCAUGGCCAGAACCGCAUCACUGACCCCAUUCAGCUUGCCGCAUACGAUCUUGUCCUCACGACUUAUGGAUCUGUCUCGAGCGAACUGACGGCCAGGAACAAACGCAAGGUCAAGCAGUUCCCCCUCGAGGAGAUUGGCUGGUUCCGCAUCGUUCUCGACGAAGCCCACAUGAUCCGAGAGCAAGGAACGCUGCAGUUCAAGGCGGCUUGUCGCUUGCAGGCCAGUCGGAGGUGGGCCGUGACGGGAACCCCUGUCCAGAACCGCCUUGACGACCUGGCGGCCCUGCUGGCUUUCCUCCGUCUCAAGCCGUUUGACGACCGCGGCCGCUUCAACCAGCACAUUGUGACACCCUUCAAGAUGGCCGACCCUGAGAUCAUCCCAAAGCUCCGGCUGUUGGUGGAUACAGUCACUCUCCGGCGCCUCAAGGACAAGAUCCAACUGCCGUCGCGGACCGAUGAGGUGAUCAAGUUGACCUUCUCGCCCGACGAACAGCGACUCUAUGAUAUGUUCGCCAAGAACGCCAAGGAUCGCGUCCAAGCCCUCACGGGCAGCAGGGAACGUAUUCUAGGCGGAAAGACAUACAUACACAUUCUGCAAUCCAUCCUGCGUCUCCGACUCAUCUGCGCUCACGGCGCCGAACUUCUUAGCGACGAGGACCUCAAGACGGUCCAGGGAAUGACCCAGGAGUCUGCCAUCGACCUCGACAGCGAUGAGGAGUCAGACAAGCCGACGCUGACAGCGGCCAAGGCUCACUCCAUGUUCCAUUUGAUGAAACAGACCAACAGCGAAAACUGCGUUAUGUGCCAGAGAAAGCCCGGGUCCAACGAUGGGGCUGACAUGGAGUCUGAGCGGCAGGAAGACGUCAUCGGCUUCAUGACGCCCUGUUUCCAUAUCUAUUGCCUCAAGUGCAUCAGGCAGUGGCGAGACGAGGAUCAAGGCUUCUCGCACAAUAGCAAUAAGGUUGGCGCCUGUCCCAUCUGCCACGACCAGAUCAAGUUUGCCGCCACGGAGCUGCGCCGUGCACACAUCGAGGCUCAAGACGAGGAUACCUUGCGCACCAACGCUGUUGCUAUGAACCGCGGCCGGGGUGGCGGCAAGAAGUUUGAGAACUACAGCGGCCCACACACAAAGACGAUUGCUUUGGUUGAGGAGCUCCUCAGCGCCCGCAAGGAUAGCCAGCUGAUGCCUGACGAGCCCCCCAUCAAGUCGGUCAUCUUCUCUGGUUGGACGUCGCACCUGGACCUGAUCGAGAUCGCACUAGACGCUGCCGGCAUCAAACACACACGAUUAGAUGGCAAAAUGUCCCGUACACAACGUACGCAGGCCAUGGACGUCUUUCGCGACGAUACCUCAGUUGAGGUCAUCCUGGUGUCCAUUAUGGCAGGUGGGCUGGGUCUGAAUCUGACAGCGGGCAGCCGCGUCUUUGUCAUGGAGCCCCAGUACAACCCGGCGGCCGAGGCCCAGGCUGUCGACCGCGUGCACCGCCUCGGCCAGAAGCGGGCGGUGAAGACGGUGCGUUACAUAAUGAAAGACAGCUUCGAGGAGCAGAUGGUCGCGCUGCAGGAGAAGAAGAUCAAGCUCGCGAACCUAUCCAUGGACCGCGACGUCACCAACCUCGACAAGCGCGAGGCAGCAAGGCAGCGUCUCAUGGAUCUCAAGGAUCUCUUCAAAUAAGCCGCUUCUGCCGUUUAUUUCUUUUUUUCUUCUGCUUUGGUUCUUUUUCUAUCUUGCCUCACGCACAACGACGCAUUUAUGAUACCCUCGCGGCAUUUCCAUAUCCUCAAACUCCAUGGUCCCAUUUUUCGCACACAUAUCGUGCCUUUUUUUUUAUUCUUAUUUUUCUCCAAGUCUCACAGCUUCCAACUCCAUCGAAGCUAGCAGCAUCAGCAUCACCAUGCUUCACACUUCGUGCUACAACAUCUCUGCCGGGGCGGUCAUCUUGCGCAUUUUAUCUCUUUGUUUCGGGCACUUCAGGACCCCGGGCAUGGCCGGCUGGUAUUGAGCUGCAUUUCCAACACAGAAGCGAGCAUGGCGGCGAAUUGCCACGACACACUGUUAGGGCCCGGGUACCUACCCAGCUAGUCGCCAGCUAACACGUUUGCUUCGUGGCGCCUGGCGGAGCGGUACCGGGCGCACCAGAGACGCGAGAUGGCAAGGUCUUGGGCGGAACGGAGUAUUCUGGCUUUGCGAUAGACGGCAGCAUGGCAGCCUGCGAGCUCCAGGAAGACACAUACGACUCGCAGUGGGCAUCAAAUGGUAGCGGCGUUGGGCAUGGGCGCCCUGGAACAUGCUUUUCCCUUCCUUUUCCACCAAUGGGGCGUGGGCUCUCUGCUUUUUUUUUUGUUUGCUCAUGCAUUGUUUAAAUCGAUGCCCAUCUCUUGAUUUGGACAGGUCACGACUUGGGGGGCGGGCGGCUGCAUUCAUGGAAGGCUCAUCUGGCUUCUCGAGUUUUCUCGCACAUGUUUCUUUGCUUCUCAUCCAUGCGCGCGCACAAGCACGCGAGCGGUUUUCUUCCCCUAAUCCACCAUCUUCUUUGGCAACAACUUGCUAUCCCAUAUUGCGAGCUCAGGUAGUAAGUUUGCAGGUGGGUGGACAGCAAAGACGGAUCAACUGACCUCAUUUCACCAUUCAUGGUUCCAAUUCACAAUCGCAGCUACUCACUACACGAGCAAUGAUGCGGGAGAAGAUUACAUCUGAAAAGUGAUCAGAAAUUUCAAAUGGCGCCUGAUCCGAUGGCGUUGGGAGUCAGUCUAUAGAUGAGUAUGUACAGCGGGUGUCAAUGAACAAAUAGCAGGGCCUUGCUUGCACAAGGACCCCCGGAGCACCAGUAUUUUGUUCUUAACGUCGUGAAUUUUGGGUGCUUAUCAAUAGCGCCCAUCAACAUCAUUCUUAAAGGAAAUACAAAAGCAGUCGCCAGAGUCCAGUGUCC